AUGGAUUCAGGAAGCAGUAGGGGUUUGGAGAAUACAGUUAAUAAGGUCUGUCCGGAUCAGCUUGUUCCAAAGAUAAACACAAGCAAGAAAAUGUCCACCUUAGCAAACCCACCCAGUAUCCUGGAAAUGUCACAAGAGAUUAAGAAAACCUGUGGGGAUAAACAGGUAGAAAUCACAGUUGAAAGAAUAAAAAUGGCAAAGAGCAUCAAAGAAAAACAAAGCAAUGAUUUAGAGAAAGUGGCCUUUAAAAGGAAGGCAGAAGGUGAAGAAAAGCCAGCUGGAAGGAAAGAGGCAAAGAUAAUGGAACUUGACAGCCCGUUGAUGACCAUGCCUCUGCCUCACAUCCCCUUAAAGAACAUCAUGGAUGUGGAGGGGAAGUUGGUCUAUGUCGAUGAAGAGGAUGUGAGCUAUGAAUUUGUAGAAACUUUCGUGUCCACUGGGAUUCAGCCAACGUGUCAAGCUGCUGAAAUAGUAGACCCCUUGCAUGUACCUCAUUUCAGCUUUCUGCCUCAGAUUGACAAAUGGCUUCAAGUAGCCUUAAAGGAUGCCAGCUCCUGCUACAGACAAAAGAAAUAUGCCGUGGCAGCAGGACAGUUCAGAACAGCAUUGGAGCUUUGCAGCAAAGGGGCAGCUCUUGGAAAACCAUUUGAAGCCUCUGCUGAAGAUAUAGCAAGUGUGGCAAGCUUCAUUGAGACAAAGCUUGUUACGUGCUACCUACGCAUGAGGAAACCCGACCUUGCCCUGAAUCACGCGCACAGGAGCAUUGUUUUAAACCCAGCCUAUUUCCGAAAUCAUCUUCGUCAGGCAACAGUGUUUAGAUGUCUGGAGAGAUAUUCAGAAGCUGCCCGGAGUGCCAUGAUUGCUGACUACAUGUUCUGGCUCUGUGGAAGAAGUGACCAGUGUGUAAGCAAGCUCAUCAAACUGUAUUGGCAGGCUAUGCUUGAAGAAGCCAUCACCAGAGCGGAAUCUUUCUCGGUUAUGUACACACCAUUUGCAACAAAAAUCAGAGCUGAUAAAAUAGAAAAAGUAAGAGAAGUUUUCACAAAAACUCAUCCUGCAUAUGUGGAAUAUAUCUAUACAGAUCUUCAAGGACUCCAUAUGUUGCCUCAGACAGUUGACUGGUCAUCUUUUCCUCCCCAACAAUAUCUCUUGACUCUUGGAUUCAAAAACAAAGAAGACGGGAAAUUUCUGGAAAAAAUAUCAAGUAGGAAGCUGCCAACAUUUACAGAACAUAAAACUCCCUUCGAUCUACUGACCAGAGAAGACACAGUGAGACACAUGGAGACAAUGGGGAAGCGAAUCUUGCCAAUACUGGAUUUUAUUAGAAGCACCCAACUGAACGGGAGUUUCUGCGCGUGCUCAGGUGUGGUGGAGCAGUUGCAGUACGCCAGCCUCCUCAGCCAGCUGCAGAGAGUAAAGGAGCAGUCCCAGGUGAUCAAUCAAGCCAUGGCGGAGCUAGCCACCAUACCCUACCUACAGGACAUCAGUCAGCAGGAGGCGGAAUUGCUGCAGUCACUAAUGGCAGAUGCUAUGGACACCCUUGAAGGAAGAAGAACCGAUAAAGAACGUGUGUGGAAUACAAUCCAAAAGGUUGGACAAAUUGAAGACUUUCUAUACCACUUAGAGGAUAGUUUCUUAAAAACUAAAAAGCUGAGAACAGCUCGAAGGCAAAAAACAAAAAGGAAGCGGCUUCAAACUGUGCAGCAAAGCUAG